AUGGGAGGACACGGAGCUUGGAACGAAAAUCAAUAACAUUAUAAAUACUCUAAGGAGGAAAUUGAAGCCUAUCAAGUACCUAUGAGAAUUAAGGCUGGUCCUUGCGUUGAUACUUAUAUCCCUUUAAAAAAGUGUUUCUAAGAAAAUCCUACAAGUUUUGCUGCUAAAAUGCUUGAUGGCAGAAAGGGUAAAUGCGCCAAAGAAUUCAAAUACUAUAAUACUUGCUUAAAUCACUGGUAAACUUAUGAAAAUAACUCUCAUGUUACUAAUGCUUAUUGGGCUGAUACCAGUAAAGCUAAUGCUGAUGGUAUUUCUAAUACUUAUGGAGGUAGCUUCAGAAAGGGAUUAGCUUGGCUUAAUUGA